AUGACCGAUAGAAAGAAGCAUGCAAGGCUCAUAAUAGUGAAUCCGGGAGGUAAAAAAGAGAAUGCUUACAAAGAUCCGGAAAACGACGAGAACUACGCGAGGACAUUGAACAAAAUAGGUCAACUUCUUAAACUUGAAGCAGAAGAUGACGAUAAAGGAUAUCAUUACAUUAUUACUCAAAGCAAAUUUUCCGAGGCAAAAGAUGAAAUGGAAAAAAUAUACAAAAGCAUAAAGGAGGAAUGUAAUAAUGAAGACGAUCUGACUUUGAUCGCGGUUGUUCUGAAAGACGGUUUUUAUAGUCGUGAUGGGGACGCUAUUCAAUUCGAUGAAGGACCGCGACUUAUUGAAGCGUUUUUCCGACCAAUUUACCAGGAUCCAGAUCGAAUUAAUCUUCGCCGCAUUAGACUAUGCGUUAUGAGCUUUCAUUCAAGAAUAUUUUCUCAAGCAGACGAAAAAUUACGUAGAAGUGUCGAAGAUGAAGAAAAUCCUAGAAACCACAUUUUUUCAAAAGCGUGGGAUAAUGGUCUUUGCUAUGAACAUCUUGUUUCUGGGAAGCUCAAUACCAUGAAAAUAUUCUAUUGUCGGAGAGAAGAAACGUUUAGUUUUGAUGAAGAACGAAUUGAAAUUUUCGCAGACUUUAUAAAACAGAUGAGCUCGAGCAAAAAUGAAAGAUCGAUCGAAAAAAUACUGUUAAAAGACUUUUUUUCUUUGACGCACUCGUUGGUUGAUGAUGUUUUUGUGUUGAAACCAAAACCGCUCGAUGGAAAACCCCUUUUUGCAUCAAUGGUUGUCGAAGUCGACAAUGAUCUGGAUGAAGAUCCAUCAGUAACAACAAUUACAAAGGACGAAGAAAAUUUUUCCGCGGCAAUCAAUCAUUUCUUCAAAGAUCCUGAAAUUAUGACAAUUCGAAAAGAAAACAUUCUUAAACCAUGCAAGAACUGGAAGAAGCGGUUUAAUGCUGUUAUGGAACAAGAUGCGAAAAAUUAUUUCCAGAGAAUAAAAAACAAAAUGAUAGAAAAAAACCCCUCUGCUGUCAUCAUUUAUUUAGAUAGUCACGGCUACUUCGAUGAAGGUGGAAAGUAUAUGAAGCUCUCAAAAAUAAGUGACAGGAAAAAUGAGGAAGACAAAGUUUGCAUUGAAACACUUCUGAAAAUUCUUGACGAAGACGAUGAUGAUGAAAAAACUGAAACUCUAAGAAGUAUACCGAAGAUUGUCAUCAAUGACUGUUGCUAUGUCAAGGAAGGGAGGAAAAAUCCAAGAACUCAAGAUAUACUCAUUCCGGAAAUUCACGAUCCUCAGCGGAAAGCAGCUGGAGGAGCGCGAAAAUGUCCAAAUCCAACAAAUAACGAAUCGACACCCAAAGAUAAGAUGCUCAAGCAGAAAAUGAAUACUAUUAUCUUUCAUCCAUCAACAGAGCAAGAUUUUGCUUACGGCUGCUCAAUGCUUAAUGCGAUAAUAUCCUGUUGGAAUGAAAAUUUUAAGUCUACAACUGUCGACAUCAUGGACUUAGCCUUCCGUUAA